AAUGUUCAACGGCAUGACUGACGGUCGCGCGUGGAAAUGAAAACAUAAUAACAAGAAAAGACGAAAAACAAUAAUAUCGAGUAAAAGUUUUCCCCACAAAAGUAAACGAAAAUCGAAGAAAAAAGAGGAAGGAAAAUAUAUUCCAACACAACGAAUUUCCAUCAAGAUAAGGCCGGCAAGAAGAAGAAACACAUUUCUUUUUAGACAAUUUUGGAGCUUUGAACUUGAUAAGAGGCUACGGAGAGAGUUUGAGGUGAUUUCAGGCGCUCUCCAUGCUGUGUAUUCAUUGCUCACUGUUCCACAUCGAUCAUUCGCCGUCGAUGUCGUCGUCGUCGGUGUAUUGAAAACAUGCCACUUACUCAUUGUUUGAAUUAAUGAUUACCAUACCGAUCAUAAUGAUGAAUGUAGAUUCUUAUUAUUGAUAUUGAGAAGUGUGAAUUGUUUUGGGUGAAAUUGUAAAUUGAGUGAAAUUUUAAAAAUUGGGAGAAAGUAUUUCAAUAGAAUUUUCAGAAAAAAGUGAAUUUUAAUCGACCACAAGUGGGUGCAAAUGGAUAACAAGUAUUGCGGAAAUAUUUAAAUAUAAUUUCUCAUCAUUUUUGAAAUUUGAUGCUAGAAAAUAGACAGCAACGACGAUCAACUACCGCAAUUUUUUAAUUUAGUCGACACUAAACUUGCAACCAUUGGCCACAGCAGGCCGGCCAAGAGCGCACACGCUGUUCCGUCUCAACACAACUUGUUCACUUACAACAUUCAGCUGGCAACCUAGAAGACGACGUAUUUUUACUGCAACCCAGACACCACCAAAACCCCCCAUAACAAUGGACUCCACAGACAUUGGCUGCACUUACUCAAUGGACGAUAGUUACAAGUCGCACAGUGGCACCUCGUUGAAUUACAGCACCGACAUCAAUGCCAUCAGUGUGGAUCUGCCUGUAACAUCGGACGAUGGGAUUUCGACAUGCAGCAACCGCAAUGGUCUGAAAUAUCUGCCACGAUGGCCAGCGGUCAAUUUGGAGUUUCGUGAUUUGAGUUACAGUGUCUCAGAUGCUAAUCAGGGUAAAAAGAAAAUUCUAAAGAAUAUCAGCGGUGAAUUUAAGUCCCACGAACUAACAGCCAUUAUGGGUCCUUCUGGAGCCGGUAAAACAACGUUACUUAAUUUAUUAGCAGGAUUUGGAAUCUCCAACUAUUCAGGUUACAUCAACAUCAAUCGCAAUCCCCGCGAUCCGCGACUCUUUCGCAAAAUGUCGCGAUACAUCAUGCAAAAUGAUAUUGUGGAUCCAUAUUUCACUGUUAUGGAAGCUAUGAUGUUGGCGGCCAACUUGAAAUUGGGCAGUGAAUUCAAUCGGCAGCAAAAAUUGGAAAUUAUCGAGGAAAUUUUGAAUAUGUUGCGAUUGGAGAAGACGGCGAAUACUGUGGCGGCACGUUUGUCGGGUGGUGAACGAAAACGCCUGUGUGUUGCCAUGGAGUUGGUGAAUAAUCCGCCGGUGCUGUUUCUCGAUGAGCCAACAACAGGUUUAGAUGAUCUCUCCAGUUCCCAGUGUGUGUCGCUGCUACGCCGCCUAGCCCAUUCGGGACGUACAAUAAUAUGUUCGAUUCACACACCGCCUGCCAAACUCUUUCAAAUGUUCGACAAGGUUUAUGUCUUGGCUGAGGGUCAAUGCGUUUAUCAGGGCAGUGUGGGCAACAUUGUGCCGUAUCUAAAGGAAAUUGGACUAUCAUGUCCCAUAACCUAUAAUCCAGCUGAUUUUUUUAUUGAGGUGGCAUGUCGCGAGUACGGUGACUAUCACAAGCAGAUGGUGAAUGCCAUCGAUAAUGGCAAUGUUUAUCGUUGGAUGCCGAACAGCCGCUAUUCGGAAAUGAAAUCAAUAUCGCCGACAACAUCCAACACCACAUCGGGAGCAUCAUCGGGUGCAUCGUCACUCAAUGAAUUGGAACAAUUUGAAAUGGAAAUUGAUAAAAAGGCUCUGCAGUCUCACUGUUCCUGGUGGCUGCAAUAUCGUAUACUCCUGCAUCAUAUGGUGACGAAAAUGUGGCGUGAUAAAUCCUAUAUUAAAUUAAGAUUUUACAUGAAUAUCAUUCUGGGGCUGAUUGUGGGCGGUAUCUAUGUGGGUGUGGGCAAUGAUGCCAGUAAGGCGUUGUUUAAUUUUGGAUUUGCCUUUACCAUUGUGAUAGCGUACCUGUAUUUGCCUCUGAUGCCGGUGUUGGCCCAAUUUCCCACGGAAAUGAAGCUCUUGAAGCGGGAAUAUUUCAAUCAAUGGUACAAUCUGAGUUCCUAUUAUCUGGCCAUGAUCACUUCUCGCUUUCCCUAUAUGUUCCUGUUGGCCGUCAUUUACUUAACCAUGGUCUAUUUGAUGUCAAAUCAGCCUUUAGAAUUAUUUCGUUUUGCCAUGCUCUUUCUGGUGGCCAUACUAACGGCCCAGAUAUCGGAUAGUGUGGGUAUGUUGGUAUCUUCGAGGCUGAGUUUGGUGAAUGCCAUGUUCAUGGGCCCCGUAAUGGCUGUGCCGCUGAUCCUGCUCUCCUGUUAUGGCAUUGGUUAUGGCCGUGAUAUUUCACCGUUUAUGCGUUUCAUUAUGAACUUCAGUUAUUUGCGCCACAGCAUGGAAGCCUUGGUGGAAACAUUGUAUGGCUAUAAUCGUGCGGACACCAUUUGCCCACCGACGGAGGUCCUGUGCCUAUUCAAAAAUGCCAAAUUCUUGCGUGAAAUCUUGGGCUAUGUCAAUCUUAACUAUUGGUCCUCGAUAUUCUUUUUGGUAAUCUAUUACAUCGUCUGUACCUCGCUGGCUUUUGUGCUAAUCAAACAUCGUUUGUCCGCAUCGAACGGUGCCACAAAUCGCAUCUUUCAAUACAUCAAUCAUAUGUUGGUGAAAUAUUUAAAUUUCACCACCUAUAAAUACUGAUGGGUGGGUGUGUGAUAUUGAAGUGGCUGGCCAAUUUUGAAUUUAUUUCCUUUUAAUAAAUUUUGUGAUGGCUGCCUCAGCUGGGAUUUGAAUAACUUCUUAAGCACAGGAGAUGUACAAAGAAUGUAGUUUUAAGUAGCUAUUGGGGUUGUUUUAACUUAAUAUCCUAUGGGAAAUAGUAGCCUUGUCAGCAGCUGUCAGAUGUUAUGCCAUGGAAGGCACUUGCUUAGUUGUGGGACAUAAUGUGGCCUAUUGAAACAUAUGAGACAUCAAAUAUGUCCAAGUCAGGAUCAAUUUAAUUAAAACAGACGUUUUAUUUCCCAUAGGA